GCUAUCGUCGUGCAAGUAAUUGGUUCCUUUGUCAAUAUUAUGUGGAAGUUUGUUUAGUAAUGUUUUGUAGUUUACGGAAACGCGAUCUCUAAGCCAGGAGGAGCAGUUCUCGUAUUGAAUUGCAGUGGGAGAGCGGUUUUUUUUUCUGUAUGAUACACGAGAGAUUGUGUCACGAAAGGAAAACAAUACCCCCACAGACACGGACUAGAAAGAAAGGAAAGAAGUAAAAAAAGACUAAAGAGAAGUACGCUUUCUCGGCCGAGAUUCGAACCUGGGACGGGUCCGCGUGUGUGUCAGAGUGAAGUGUAAAAUUAUUUGUGUUUUUAUCGGCUCGUCCAUCAUACACGCCCGGUUGUGUAUGCUCGCGCGCGCUCCUGCUCACUCUCAUCCUGCCCACAGAGCAGCAGCAACACCACCCUCUUCCCACCAUCACCACCCUAUGUGUUUGUUGUAUCUCUCUGUGUGUCUGAGACGCGAUCGAUUUUGACUUAUCGACCGAAUGGCUCGUUUAGCAUAUAGUUUCAAUCAGUAGUAGCGCGCUGAUUGUUGAAUGAUGUGGUUGGUCGUCGAAAACCGCAGCCGCAGGUCGUCCAGUGAAAUUUCUCAUCAAACAAAAUAGCCAACGCAUUUAUUUACCUCGCGUGGACUUGUGGAACACACACACCCCGGCCGUGGAAAUAGUUUGCAACUAGCCGUCAAACUGAUUAGUGUGAUAUAUCUCUCCCGGAAUUACCUAAACCCCUGGAGAGUUGGCCACGAUCGGCUCUUCAACGCUGGGAAAUUGUGUGCAGUGUGUUAAAAAUCAUGAACUGAUCAACGUGAAAAAAAAACAAAAUUGUGCAAUAAGUUUUAAAGGAAAAACAAACAGAAAACAUAAGUUUAACGUGCAAAUUUUGAAAAUGACAAAACAAGUGCUGCACUGUUGAGAAGCAACAAAUCGUGCUAGUGAAAACAUCCAAAGGACAGUGUUGAGCAAUGAUUCAAGUCGACUCUGUUGGAUACUCUAGAGUGAACGAUAAAUCCCAAGCUGAUGAAGAUAUGAAGGAGAAUGAUAGUUGCGAGCAGGAUAAUUCAAGCGCAGCACCGUCGGUGAAUUUACUAGUAAAAAUGUCGGAAGAAAUCGCAGAGAAAGAUCGCAAUAAGCAGGAGCAUCUGAACGAUAACCACCAUAACCAUCUUCCGGUCCGACAUCAUUUGCAGCACGAUCGCAGUGAAAAUGUUCAAAAUGAGGAAAAUAUGAGCGAUGAUGAUGAAAACAACGACGAUAACGGAAGCGGGGUUGGUCGAAAUGAGAUGGAAAACGACCACGGUAGCAAGAACGAUCGAAGCUCCACGCCACACGGCAAUUUGUCAGAUGAACGACCGGAGGUUAAUGCUGCGGCUGUGGCGAUGGCAGCUUUGGCAGCGACGAAAAACUCCGCUGGAGGUUCUCCAACGCUACCGAACGAGUUCAAUCCCGCUGCAUUUUUCCCACAGCCAGGACAAAUGUCGAUUCAAGCCUUUCAGAAUGCGAUCGCUCAAUUCACGGCAAAUGCAUUGGCCAACAACAUGGACAAUGAUACAGUUGUGAAAAAUUUAGCCAUCCUGCAAUCGGCACUUUUCACGCUGCAACAGCAACAGUUUCUGCAGUUUCAACUCAUACAACAUCUGCAGUCGCAACUGGUGAAGAAGCAGGUUACCAAGGAAGAACCAUCGAACGAUAGUAGUAAUAGUUUAGUGUUUCAUCAUAACAAUAACAAUAAUCUUAGUAAGAGAAAUGAGCCUCAAGAUUUGCGAAAGCAGGAACGGUUAGAAGAAGAUGAAGAAGUCGAGGAAGAGGGCAUUGAGGAUGCCUACAGUAAAAGCUAUCAGAUGGCGAAUAUAAUGGCCGUUGCAGCUGCUGCCAGUGCGGAAAAUCGACCAGUGAUACAUCCCGUUCCCGAAGAAGAACUAAGGAAACCAAAAGUUUCUGAGCCGUACGUUGAAAAACGGCCAAUUGCAGAACCUUCGAUCAGUUUGCCUCCGUCGACGGUGGCGGCCAGUGCAAGUUCAAGCCUUCCCACUUCCAUCUAUUCACAUAGUGGAAGGAGCGAAAAGGAUGAAAUUCUACCAUAUCAAGACUCGAAUUUCUCGUCACUAGCCGCGAAUAUUAUAACGGAUCACGCGCCAUCGAUCCUGGGUGAACCAAAUUCACUUGCAAUGCUGGAAAAGAAAGCCCAAGAAGUGCUCAAUUCAGCUUCGCAAGGCAUUCUGUCCAAUAAUCUGCUUGAUGAGCUCGCCUUUGCAAACGAUAAAUCAUCUCCAAAUGGUCGAAACGAUGCAGCCCUUUUCAAGCACCGAUGUCGGUAUUGUGGCAAAAUUUUCGGAUCAGACUCUUCGUUACAAAUUCACAUCCGAUCACACACCGGCGAGAGACCGUACAAGUGCAAUGUUUGCGGGAGUCGCUUCACUACCAAGGGCAACCUAAAGGUUCACUUUCAGCGGCACUCUGACAAGUACCCGCACAUACCGAUGAACCCAAAUCCCGUGCCGGAACACUUGGACAAAUACUUUCCUCCGUUGAUUCCACAGGAAGCUCUCAAAGAACAGCAGCAGCAGCAGCAACAACAACAACAACAGCAACAGCAAGGACCACCACCUCCUUCUUCAAUCCCACCCCCUGGUCCACCAGGUCCGUUUCCAGGCAUGGAAUCGCGAGGUUUCCCGCCAAGGGGAUUUUUCCCAGACUUUUACCUGCCGAGGCCUCCUCUGGACAUGUUCACGAAUCCGCUGAACGAGCCAGCUCGGAAUCCGGUUGAUUUGUCCCAAGUGAGGAAACCGGAACCACCACGGGAACCUACACCAGAGAUGCGGCUCUCGCCGGAAAUCAUCAUCCAUGAGCAACCACCCCAAAUAAAGCAGGAACCGAUGGAAGAGUCGUUGGACCUUUCGGACAAAUCCUCGAAAGUUGUUCAAAGAGAAGAAGAGAAAGAAGAAAUGGAACAGGACAAAGAGGAUAAUACGACUCUAAACAACAGCACCAGUGAAAAAGAGUUUCCCUUAAAGUUGAAGAACAACUCCGUGGAAAACCUUGCGACGGUACCCUCGGUAUCACCUCCUUCGAGCUCAUCGUCAGGGUCACUGUACCAAGACACGGUGUUGGAUCCGUCGUUUUACUCUGCACAUCUGCCUCGCCCAGACAGCAACGAUAGCUCGUGGGAAAACUUUAUUGAAAUUUCGUCAGAAACAUCGAAAUUGCAAGAGCUUGUCGAUAAUAUCGAUAGCAAAACAACGGAACCCAACCAGUGUUUGGUUUGUAAGAAAGUUUUAUCUUGCCGAAGUGCACUUCAAAUGCAUUACCGAGUUCACACCGGUGAGCGUCCAUUUCGGUGCAAAAUUUGCGGUCGAUCGUUUACGACCAAGGGCAAUUUGAAAACGCAUAUGAGUGUUCAUAGGAUAAAACCUCCGAUGAGGACCCUCCACCAGUGCCCGGUGUGCCACCAAAAAUUCUCCAACAUCUUCGUCCUGCAACAGCACAUCCGAUUGCACACGGGAGAAAUGACGGACCUUACUCCGGAUCAAAUAAAGGCGGCUGAAAUCAAAGAGUACGAAGGGCCCGAUAUGCGGUUGAAUCCGUUUGGAGUGCGGUUGAAUGAAUUUCCUCCCCAGCAGCACAAUCAGAACAAACGCAAUUUAGAACAUUCAGACGAGGAAAACGAGCACGAGCCAGCGGAAGAAAAAUCUCACAAGGUUCCUGUGAAUGAGAAAAUUAAGGUUAAAACCGGACUUACGUCACCAGCAAUUGAAAAUCAGGUGGAAGAUUUGCGUGCCGUAAAUUUACAACGAUUGUCGGUUCGAUCGUUGCCAAAUGAGGAAUUUACCCGUGACACGGCUUCGGCCAGCCCAAACUCGACGGACGCCAAAAGGUUACGAUCGUCCAGUCCGAUCGGGUCGGUAUCGUCGGUGAUGUCCAACCGGUCUCCCAUGUCCACACCACCCACAUCCGGCGGUGAACAGAUAGGAGCAGGAGCCGCGAGUAGAGCCGCCGUCGCCGCUGCCGCAGCAGCUGCUUUUCCUUACGGACCUCCGUUCCUUGGAAUGCCCCAGUUUCCACCGUUCAUCAAUCGGCCGCCCUUUUUGGGCAAUGUUCCGAUAGUGCCACCGGGAGCAAACAUGCCUCCGUUUGGAUUGUUCGGCGUACGUGGAAACACAACAACUUGUAAUAUUUGCUUUAAAACUUUCGCAUGUAAUUCCGCGCUCGAAAUUCAUUAUCGAAGCCAUACGAAGGAGCGCCCAUUCAAAUGCACAAUUUGCGAUCGAGGAUUCUCUACCAAGGGAAAUAUGAAGCAGCACAUGCUCACACACAAGAUCCGUGAUAUGUUUGGCAGCUCGGGUGGCAAUUCCGGGGAUGAGUCACGCACACAGACUCCGCCGCAGGACUCCAGUAACGCUGGUUCUGCUGGUGGUGGGCCGAACAGCAUGGCCACCAGCAACCGGUUCUCACAGUCGUACUCGCCGGCGCCCAUGGACUCCUCGGCCGAUGAUUACUCCUCUUCGGGGAGACGGAAACGGGAACGUUCCCAAUCUGGCAGCUAUGACGGUUCCGGCAGAACUUCAGCGGUUCUGGUGAAACAGGAGAGAGAAUCUACAAUCGAUGAAAAUGGCUCCAACAGUCUGCACUCGAAUGCGUCGGAAAACACCUCCAACAACAAUUAUCAGGAGUUUAUCAACAAAGAUGCCGACAUCAAAAAUUGGUGCCAAAAGCUGAAAGAGAUGCCAGAGAAUAUCGCAGCAAGUUGAUAAUCUUGUUCGAGCAAUCGUUUAAAUUCCAGCGGCAAAGUGAUUCACUAGGAUUUUUCUUUAUCGGUGGUCAAGCAAAAUUGAGCAGAUUUUGUUAGACUGUACCCAAACAAAACCGACUCAUUCAAUGCUCUGCUUUGACACAAAAUUUAAAGAAAGAAAAAAGUUAAUAGGUGACAUAACAGUUGUUUCAUGAUAAAUAUAUAUAAAACAAAGAAAAUCAGAAUGUGACUUGUGCUCUCGACAGGAAUAGGAACAAGUAAUCAAAUGUGCGAUCUCAGAUACAAUCCCUAUCUUCGUUUUAUUGAUGAAGCAAACCGAAUUUGUAUUUUUAAAUGAAAGCGUCUAUUUUUGUAAAAAUUGUAACAUAUCAACAGAACUUUAUACAGAUUGUUCAGCUGGCAGUAAACACAAAAGCAAACAAAAUUAAAACAAAAAAAAAAACUUCACAAUCUUACAAGCACUGUGUUAAGGGGCGUGAGCGGCUGCAGACAUUUGGAUGAAUACAAACAAACAAAAAUCGUUGUAAAGUUAGUGUGAUAAUAAUGCUAAUAUAGACGAAAGUUAAUUGCGAAUCGAUAUUACAAAGCGACGCUAUGUACCAAUGAUGUAGCAUAAAUCGAAUCCAAACAAACUGAGACUGUAAACUCCCGUGUUUGACUGCCUCUGGUGGAAACGGACAUUCGCUCACCAGGGCGUAAGAGCAGGGUAGCUAAAAGACCGAACAUCAAAAUCAACUGAAAGUUUGAUUGAAGAAUAGAAAAAUUGUUUUGUACAGAAAUAAAAAAAAAACAUUAGUUAUCAAUUGGGCUCUUAAGCUCUUUUAAAAGUACUGUAUGUGAGUGUGUCACUGUAUGUAUGUACCUAUUAAUAAAACAUUUAAAGAUUACAUUAUGCUUUAUAAAAGUCUAAAUCAAAUAAUUAUUUAAAGUAAGUUAUACAAACAAACAUGAAGGAAUAUUUGUAAGUGUAUAAUCAGUGAAAUGAAAAUACAAAUUGUAGCUUUUAAGUGGAAAGAAAGAUGUGUAAUAGCAUUCAAUAAGCGUUGACGGCUUGCAGAAAUUAAUGAAAAAAUCAAAGUAAGAAUUAUUAUUUUAUUAACACUUCUGUAGGUUACAAUGACACAUCCAAAUGGUCGUUUAAGAUGGUUGCAAUGAUUCGGAGAAAAUGUAAAUAACUUUUGUUCUUAUCACUUUUUUGGAUUCUCUUUUAAUAUCCUUGUUCAACAGGUUUUUAUUUAGUUCAAAAUUUAACAUCUUUUUAAACUUUCUCAAAUUGUGGAUGUAUACCAGAGAAAUGAAAACUAAUUAAACAACAUUUUUGUGAUAAUUUAUGUUAUUAGGAAUUAUAUUUUAGGUAUUUAUAUUAUAUUUUAAGGCACUGUUUUUAUUGAGAGUUCUGUACAGCAGCAAACACGGAAUGAUAAAACAAUAUACAACCAAGAGACAUUAUGAAAUGAAAAA